AUGACUGUUUUAUGUCUAUUUUUUUCAAUAUUCAACUUUGAAUUUUAUAAUGUGAAAAUAGUAAUGGGUGCAAAAUUUGAAAAAAUCGAAUAUUUGCAAAUUGUUAUUAACUCCAUACACCAUUGUUACCACGUCAAAGUUACAAAACCAACUCCAUUACUACCGUAUUUUACCCCAACAAUCUCAACAAUAUGUAAUUCAUCAUUCACACGCUACUCCUAUCUUUUUUUAGCGGUAGGUGUUUGGGUCCCACAUUCAUCCACCAUAUUUAGCUAUAUUGCUGACACCUUUCUUCCCCAAUUUUGUUAUCUGCUACACGGCGCAGACUGCAGCAUGUCACAUAUGUCUACGCUUCGCACUGCUCCUAUUUGCAUUGUAAGCCUCGUCUCAGCCAAGGAGGCUAUGAGUGAGGCUUUGUCCUGCAGGCAGCCCGGCGGGUGCCAAGUGUCGUGGUUGGAGACACAGCGGCCCACCAUUUAUUUCACAAUUUUGGGUAUUUAA